GCAAAAGCAGACACUCUUGAUUCUGGCUGCAGUUUGAAUUUUUGCAAGGUGUGGUAAUCAAGCAUGCCCAUAAACAAAAUGAGACUUCCAGAACAUUAAGAGAUUGCCCAUUUGGUCCCCAAAAUAAAAAAGAAGCUGUUUAAGAUGGAGACAUCAAGACUGAAGUGACCAAAGAUUGAGAUGACAUGGAGUAUUUCCCUAUAUCUGCGCAUCUGUUGUGUGCCAGACGGGAACGCAAUUGCAACGGCUCACUCUUUUAUGAUUAUAGACAUUUUAAAAUGGCUUCAGAUAUGAAGAAAUCCAGCCCUCACCUGCAACAGAUAAGAGCUGAGGAAGCAGCAACAAAAGAAGAAAUGGAGAAGCCGAAGGGUCCCAUUAUUAGCACCUUCAGAGGCAAGAACAUUGCAGCUUUGGCAGGGAAGCUGAAACACCUGGCCUUAAAUAUUCCACUCCGGUUUAGCGUUCAGGCCCCGGGUCCCCAUUCAAAGAACACUGCUCGGUUUGGCAGUCUCAGCCACCAUUCCUUCUUCUCACGACACAACCCUCACCCUCACCAAGUGACUCACAUCCAAGGUUUGAAUGGAGCUCUUGUUUGCAAAGUUAAUGAUGAAUGGUGUGAGCAGGUCAUGCUUCCAUGUCAUCCCACAGUGAAAAGCCAGUUUCAUACUUCAAUUUGGAGACGCCCUGGCAUCCAAACACCCAUUGGCGAUCCUCAACCUUUACCGGUCCCCAGGCUACCCAUAGGCUCUUUGUCUGAUGCAUGGAGGGAUGAACUGCGAGAACUCACUGCAAAACUGAGAGCUGCUUCCUUCACAGAGAAAAAGGAGACAACACAGAAACCUCAGAGAAAGACUCAGUAUUCUGAAGAAACAGGACGUCUCAUUCCACCUUCCUCUCGUGCAACAACUCACCAUUCAUCCCGCUGGGUACGCCAAAAUAAUGCCAAGAAUAACAACGAAGAUUCUCUGCUGUCUUUUCAGGAUCAAGAACUAAUCGUUUUAGAACUGCUGUGUCAGAUCCUACAGACAGAUUCCUUGACAGCUAUCCAGCACUGGCUGCUGACCGCUGGUCAGAAAGAAAAAAAUCUUGUUAUGGGAUUGCUGCAGAUUGCAACUGCCAACUUACAUCUUGAGCCCCAGGAGUUGCCCACAGUUAUGGAAGAGAGAUUUCCAUCACAGCUUUCCCAAAAUGGCACAGGCUUUGCUCCUAGAAAACCGGGGAAAAACCAUUUAACCAGGCUGCCUGUCACAAAACAAAAACAAGAACCUAUCCCACUGGAAGAAAUGCCAGUGAAUAUUGGCACAGCAGAAGUUCUCCAGCUCCACUCAUUCCUGGAUGAGAAGCAAAACCAAGAAGACCAACCCGAGUGAAGAGAAAUUGCAUUUCUGACGAUACCACAUUUGCUGCAUCUUUGUCUCCUGCUAUUCACCUAAUUAACUAUACUACAUGAAAAGCCAUUGCACUGAGAACGAAGGUCAUAGAGAUUUUUGUCAUGUAAAGGCACUGUAAAAUUCAAGGGCCCAGCAUCCCAAUAUAUUAUCUAUCAGGCCUCUGUGCAAUUCUGAGAUUGCUAAAAUGGUCAGGUUCAUGACGAUGUGUUCCAGCUUGGCAACUGCCUUUGCAAGAUCCAAAAGGGAACACAGAACUGGUAUUAUAUACUAAAUGCAGUAGGAGCAACUUUGUAGAAUGGCUAAGAGUUUUCAAAACAGGCUUUGUAAGCAUUUGACUUCUUAAAAAAAUGCAAGUAGAAUGUAGGUGGAAGUUGAAGGUUCAUUACACACAUCAUUGUGCAAUUGUUAUCUUAUCUUUCUGCUAUAUGAGAAAUUAGUAAACCUGUGGAAGAGAGAUAUGAAUAUAUGUUUGGAGUCUGGAGGAAACCCCUCUAGGCACAAAAUAGAUCAUCUGCCCUUAGAUAAUAGUCAGUCACCUAUACAGAAGAGAUAUUCUGUAACUGUGUAUAUUAAUAGAAAGUAUUCACGGAGAGCAAAAUCAAGGAGAACUGGACAGCUGGAACUGGACAGCUAGAACUGUAUGAAUAGAAGGCAACCACAUUUCAUCCAGAAGGUCUGAGGACUGAGGUGUUGAUCUAACCCAGGAAGCUUAUUGAAAGCCACCAGCCAGAUUAACAAUAGGAGAAAGGCCAGUUACACAGCUUGGAAAAGGACAGUUAUCCCACUUUAGCCAUUUAAAAUGCAGAGAGAAAUGGUAGUUCACUUGAACUUGGGGGGGGCAAGGACGUAGGUAAGCGGGUUCUUGGGUUCAACCCCC